UCGGUAGAGGAUUCACCUAGUAUUCGCAGUCUAGAUAAAUCAACAUGACUGGUCGUGGAAAGGGAGGAAAGGGAUUGGGAAAAGGAGGAGCGAAGCGGCAUCGCAAAGUACUUCGCGAUAACAUCCAGGGUAUCACCAAGCCUGCUAUUCGACGUCUUGCACGUCGUGGCGGUGUCAAGCGUAUUUCUGGCUUGAUCUACGAAGAAACUCGCGGUGUCCUGAAGGUGUUCCUUGAGAACGUGAUCCGUGACGCGGUCACUUACACAGAGCAUGCCAAGAGGAAGACCGUGACCGCCAUGGACGUUGUCUACGCACUCAAACGUCAAGGAAGAACCCUUUAUGGCUUCGGCGGUUAAACAUGACUUCGACUGCACAAUAUACAAUCGGCCCUUUUCAGGGCCACCAAUAUCAAACUUGGAAUUUCCUUCUCAGUACAGCAAUUGUUACUGA